AUGUCACCUCUUGUAAUGAACAGAAAGCGUAGUACUGUUUGGCACCAUUUCACUGUAUUGGAAAUCAACAAGGCUAAGUGUGAUAUCUGUUCAGAAGAAAAAAGCUUUACUGGUGGCUCAACAGGAAACUUGUUACGGCAUCUAAAAACCAAACACCCUACAGUGCCACUGGAAAGAAGUAUACAGGACACUCAUUCAAGCUCUGGCACUAUUGAUGAUCCACAGCAAUCAACUUCCUCUACAAAUAUAGUCAGUCCACUUAGUUUAGGAACAACGCCACAGCCUGAAAUUACCAGACAGCAAAAACGAACUCAAAUCUCUAUGAACAACUUUAUUCAAGGACCAAUUGCAAUGACUAGGUCAAAGGCAAUUGACAAACAACUCAUGAAAAUGAUAGUGAAGGAGUAUCACCCAUUUAGUGUUGUUGAGGAUCAAGAGUUCAGAAAUUUGAUUAAAAUGUUAAAUCCUAGUUACAUAAUACCAUCAAGAAAAACCGUCACCCAAAGCUUAUUACCUCAAAUGUAUGAGAUGACAAUUGAACGUGUUAAAGACCAAUUAAAAAAUGUUUCAGCGGUAUGUAUGACCACAGAUGGAUGGACUUCAUUAAACAAUGAAAGUUUUGUUGCGGUUACUGUUCAUUUUAUUGAUCCUGAAAAUGAAACACAGCUGUCAUCAGUAUUGCUAGGUUGUGAAAAUUUCCGUGACAAACAUACAGCUGAUAAUUUGGCAAUUUUUCUAAGGAAUACUGUAGAUGAGUGGAACUUGACAAAUAAAAUAACUGGUGUAGUAAGUGACAAUGCUAGCAAUAUAAAAUCUGCAAUAGUAAAAAAAUGCAAUUGGAGAUAUCUGUCAUGUUUUGCACAUUCCAUCAAUUUAGUUGUUCAGACAACAAAAUUACAAGAUUUUCAAAAACAAACUGGAUUACCUCAAUUGAAACUUAAACUGGACUGUCCAACCCGCUGGAACUCAACAUAUGACAUGUUUGACAGGAUUUUAUCCAUUAAAGAGUCUGUUAUUGCUACUCUUGCAGUGUUGGGUAAUAGCCAAUUAAAUUGUUUUGACUCAGAGGAAUGGACUCUUCUUGAGCAUGCACGGGACAUCUUGAAAAUAUUUUAUGACGUCACCGUUGAGAUUAUACUCUUUUUCAAAUGA